GGAUCCAAAUAAUAUAGUUCCAACCUAUUAUAAUAAUUUUGUUAGUUUAAACUAAUAAUUUAGACUCACUGUUGCAAUAAAUAGGUUUGUAUAGAAUUCAGUAUGGUGUAUGGUUUAUGCACUAUGAAGUGACCGCAUCAAUAGAUUGUUUGUUUAUAGUGCUUUGGUAACACCUUGACGCGGUACGUUAGAAGAGGGACGCUUGGCAGCUCUUCAGUAAAAUUGCUUAAAAAUUAUUAUUAAAUAUGAGCGGUGGCGUUUACGGAGGAGAUGAGGUGGGAGCCAUUGUUGUGGACCCUGGCAGCUACACUGUCCGCAUUGGUUAUGCGGGUGAAGAUUCUCCGAAGUUUGACAUUCCAUCUUGUGUUGGCCGAACCCUUGAUCCAGAUACCCAAGAGACCAAAUUCAGUAUUGAUACAGUUAACCUUGCUGCACCAAGAAAAGGAUGUGAGGUAUCCAACAUAAUGAAAGAUGGCAUGAUAGAGGACUGGGAUGCUUUUGAAAAUCUCAUGGAUUAUGCUUAUGAGAAAUGCAUUAAAAGUGAGAGUCAAUAUCAUCCCAUGUUAUGCUCUGAGGCAGCCUGGAAUGCCAGAGGCAAGAGGGAAAAAAUAUGUGAACUUUUCUUUGAAAAGUAUCAAGUACCAGCAUUUUUUCUAGUGAAGAGUGCUGUGCUGUCAGCUUUUGCCAAUGGUCGGUUCAGUGGUGUGGUCGUGGACAGCGGUGCCUCGCACACCUCAGCCGUGCCGGUCAUUGAUGGCUAUGUUCUGCAGCACGCCAUAAUCAAGAGCCCGCUGGGUGGCGACUUCCUCACUAACCAGUCACUGAACUUCCUGAAGGACCAAAAAAUCGACCUGGCCGCCCCAUACAUGAUUGCCGAGAAGAAAGUGGUCAGGGAAGGAGAUCCUCCGAAGUGGACGCGUAAAAAUAACCUCCCUGAAGUAACUCAGUCGUGGCACAACUACCAUGAGAAACAGGUGGUUCGAGAUUUCACACAAGCUAUCCUCACAUGUGCAGAGUCUGCAUAUGAUUUAGACACUGCGAAUUCUAUGCCCACUGAAGGUUAUGAAUUUCCAACAGGCUAUACAGGGGAAUUCGGAGGAGAAAGGUUCAAGUUGGCAGAGUCUCUGUUCGACCCGAGCUUCAUCAAAGGCUGCACCUCCACCAUGCUGGGAAUGAGCCACGUGGUCGCCAGCUCCAUAAGUCUGUGCGACAUCGACCUGCGAGCAUCACUGUACAGCGGCGUGGUCGUCACUGGAGGAAACUCCCUCACGAACGGCUUCGUGGAGCGCCUCAACAGGGACCUCAGCAGCCGCACGCCCCCCAACAUGCGCCUUAAAAUCCUCAGUGCCCAGGGCGUCGCUGAAAGAAGAUUUGGCUCCUGGAUUGGCGGGUCCAUUCUGGGUUCGCUUGGGAGCUUCCAGCAGAUGUGGAUCAGCCGGCAGGAGUAUGACGAGGCCGGCAAGAGUCAAGUUGAUCGCAAAUGCCCUUAAUAAUUAAAUCUAAAAAGCUUACUUAUCGUCCAUUUUAAGGAGGAAUAGAUUACGGACUCUAUAAUUCCGCAUUAGAAUGUUUUUUAAAUACAAACGGUCGUUUGCAUUUAUUCAUCUUCUUACUUCGUAUUGAUAUGUUCAAAUGCAGACUCUUGUUUGCAGUUAUUGACCUUAAUUCCAGUUGGAGUGUCGAAAUGCACACCCAGUUUGCAAUUUAUUACGGUCUUUCUUCGUAUUAGAAUGUCUAUAAAUACAGACUCCUCGUUUGCAUCUGUUCAAUUUUGUACUUCGAAUUAGAUAGUUUCGAUGUUAAAUCCAAGGAUGUUUCUACAAAUCUGGUGCGUAUCGAGGAAUACUUUGUAUCAAAUGAAAAAUUUAAUAAAGGACCAAAUUGCAAACAGUACGCGGAAUUCCCUUCGUCAGUGAAAGUUAAUUAAUUAAAAUUGUAACCUACUAUAAA